CCCUGGUUUGCUUUUCUUUUCUGACCGUUUUACCCUUGGUUUGCCUUUUUUUUUUUUUUUGAAGAAUCUUGAAGUAAUCUUGGCUCUGUUUUAGUAUCCUAUGGGGCAUGAGGACCCAAACAGGAGUAGAUACAAGCUUCUUUAUCUGUGGUUCCCCCUGAAUUGCCAAUGGAGUUGUCAAUAACUGUUAAUACCUCAUUGAUUGCACUAGCAAGACGUGGUAUAUUUUGUACAGAGCCUUUUCAUAUACCAUUUGCUGGGAAGGCUGAUAUAUGUUGUUUUGACAAGACUGGAACAUUGACAUCUGAUGACAUGGAAUUCUCUGGAGUUGGUGGAAUGAGUGCCGAUUUAGAUCUUGAAACAGACACUAAAAAAAUCCCAAAUCGAACUUUGGAAAUUCUUGCUUCUUGCCAUGCACUUGUUUUUGUGGACAACAAACUGGUUGGUGAUCCUCUUGAGAAGGCUGCAAUCAAAGGGAUAGAAUGGAGCUAUAAAUCUGAUGAGAAAGUUGGUGGUAAUGCAGUUCAAAUAGUUCAAAGACAUCACUUUGCAUCUCACUUGAAAAGAAUGACAGUUGUUAUUCGUACAGAAGAGCCGUCAUUUUAUGCAUUUGUGAAGGGUGCACCAGAGACCAUUCAAGAAAGAUCAAAUGAUAUACCCUCAUUUUAUAUAAACACCUACAAGAGGUACACACGACAAGGCUCUCGUGUCCUUGCUCUAGCAUAUAAACCCCUUCCUGAUAUGACGCUAAGUGAAGCUAGAAACUUGGAUAGGGAAGUAGUGGAAACCGGGCUCACGUUUGCUAGUUUUGCAGAAUAAAUUAUUAAAUUUUAUUUUAAAUUUAACUCAUCUUUCUAUAAAUUUAUUAACAUGGUUUCAUUUUUCUAUGAUAAAUGAUUUUUUUUUUGACAUUUUUGCUAUAGAAAUGAACUUUAGGUAUUUAAUUGCCUUAUCAGAGCAGAUUCUGCUAGUGUUGUGGCUGAAUUGAAAAAAUCAUCACAUGACUGGGAAAAAGGUAAGUAUCACCGAGUGAAAAUUGUUUGUUAGAAUGCAAGGGUAAAAUGGUCAUUUACUCUCACUCAGAUGAUUUUAUUCGGUCUAGAAAAGAAACAAACAUUUUGUAUGCAACACUUUUGUCUACGGGACUUAAUGUUUCACCAGAUGAAACUGAAGUUGUGAGCUACUUUUAUUCAUUUGCUUAUUAUAGCAUCCUACUUUUAUUUUGCAUUAGGAUCAUGACGACUGCUUUGAAAUGUUGCUACAGACAUCUGCUGUUGUUAAAGUGAUUCCAUAUGUGAAGGUUGCGAAGCUUUUUUUUUUAUUAUUAAAUUACAACUCUGGUCCCUGUGGUUUACUGUAUUUUUAGGUUUUGGUCCAGGUUCUGUUUUUUGUAUCAGUUUGUUGCCAAUAUAGACCAUGGUUGUUUGAUUCAACUCUCAUUUUAGCUUUUUCAAAAUGACCACUUUGCCCUUGGACCAAACCUGGAAAAUAGUUUGAUACAGGGACCAAAUUUGUAAAAUUUUAAACUUUUUAUUUGAAGUUGUUUAGCUGUAAAAUCAACUUCGGUUAUUAGGUAUUUGCCAGGAUGGCUCCGGAGAAAAAAAGAGUUAAUAAUGACAACUUUUCAAUCAUCCUGGAGAGUAACUUUGAUGUGUGGUGAUGGCACUAAUGAUGUUGGAGCUUUGAAACAGGUAAUGCAAGAAAUAGCAAUUUACUUUCAUAAUUUUGUUUUUGGAUGUUUUUUAAAUGAUACUUUGGUAAACUUUUAUAGUUUUGGUAUUGUAAUGUUUGGUUGUAUCAUUAUUUGAUAUUUUUAGUACAAUAAUUUGAUGAUUUUAG